ACGCCGACACGUCACCUAAAGGCUGCGUUGCGUUCAUGACUAAAGAUGGCGGACACGGGGAAGGGUUCCCAGCACGACAUGUAACUCAAGAGCCGAUAACGUUUGCUGCGCACACGGGAUAUAUAUUAUAGUUCGAUACGAUAUUCAACAGACGGCGUUACUGAAUGGACGACGUGGAGAUCACAGAUGUCAACGACGAGGAGUCGCCUUAUCGGGUGGAGAAGGCGCCCCUCAACAACCAGGACCUGAGUUCCCUGAGCCUGCUUGUAGGAGAGCUUCUGUCCCAGUAUGGAUGGUACCUGCUGGUUGGGACUGUUGUCGUCUACCUGCUCAUCCAGCACCUGAGCAAGAGGAGAUCCAGUCAGAGCUCCAGCAGCUCACCCCAACAAACACUGCAAGAUGCAGCGUUGGUGGCAAAAAGACAAGAAGCCAUGGAAGCUGCUCGCAUGAAGAUGCAAGAGGAGCUUGAUGCCAAAGCUGACAUCUUCAAAGAGAAACAAAGACAGCAAGAAGAAGAGAAGAGGAGGCAGAAAAUAGAGAUAUGGGAGAGUAUGCAACAGGGAAGAAGUUACAAAGGAAGUGCAAAACCGUCUCAGACCACUGAAGAGGCCAGCUCGUCAACAACCGCGUCGAAACCAAAGUCGGACAAGAAGCCACUUCGCAGUGCGGACUACAACCCCUUGACCGGACAGGGAGGAAGCUCCUGCGCCUGGAGGCCUGGCAGGAGGGGGCCGUCAUCUGGUGGAUGAGGGUAAAGCGGGUCAGCGGCUUUGGUCUGGUUGACCUUUGACCGCUGACAUCCUGGUGUACACUGACUGACUAAACCAAGCUGACGAUAUCACUAACCCUAAGAUAUAUCAUGAAGAUGUUUUAGUUUUUUCAACCUGCUCCAUAUUUCUAGUGGGUGUGGAUCAGUUGGCAUCAUUAAGUGCAUCUCUCCUGUUUGAUUUGUUAUUUACUCUCUAAUCCCUCUGCUUUGUUCACCAUCAAAGGGAAUCAUUAAUUUGGGAAUUGAAAGCUUGUAAUGACGCCAUUCCUGUAAUCGGUAUGUAACCAGCAGGUUUGGCUGAUGAAGUUCACAGUCAGUGUUUUUCUUCUCACAUAUUUUGACAUUUGUAACCAGCUUAUAUAUAAAGUUGAUGUUCCUACUGUAGAUGCUGGUGGACAUGUGGUUGGUUACAAGAACUAGUCCAUUCUGAUGAUAUAGUUAACAGUUUGAUCAAAAUGUAAGAAGGGUAUAUUUACACUGUAUACGCACAUUUGUAGGGAAUAAAGAUAUGCUCCCGGGUA